CUAGUAGCUUGUACAGUCCCAUCUGCAAACCAAGCUAAAGCUAAACUAGCUGCUAAUUAAUGAUUGCCAUGUAGUCAAGUUGAUCCCAAGUAUCAGUGAAGGAGCAUCACGGGUGAUUGGGAUAUGGAGUUGAGAAAUAUCAAGGACCAGUCCCCACUGGUCCAGGCCAUAUUCAACCGAAAUGCAGAAGAUGUGACAUUUUUAUUAAACCACAAAGAAGAUGUCAACUCACUGGACCAAGAACAAAGCACACCGUUGCAUGCUGCUGCUUAUAUGGGCGAUGUUAUCAUUAUGGACCUACUGAUUAGUUCAGGUGCAAAUGUCAACGCCAAGGACCAGGGGUUGCUGACUCCUUUACACCGAGCAGCUGCCUCAAGAAAUGAAAAAGCUGUGGAGUUGUUGCUGAAACACAAAGUAGAGGUCAAUGCACGGGACAAAUUUUGGCAUACACCCUUACACAUGGCAGCUGCGCACUGGGCUGCAGGCUGUGCCAAAGCCCUCAUACCACAUGUUUGCAGCCUGGAUGUAACUGACAGGUCAGGAAGGACACCACUACAUCAUGCAGCGCACAAUGGCCAUGGAGAGAUGGUGAACUUGUUUCUGCGUAAAGGUGCCAAUGUGUGUGCCAAGGACAAGAAGGAAAGACAAGCAGUCCACUGGGCUGCACACCUUGGACAUUUGGAAGUUGUGAAGCUGCUGUUGUCUCACAGUGCAGAUGUGAUGUGCAAAGACAAGCAUGGUUACACUCCACUCCACGCCGCCGCUGCCAGCGGACAUCUAGAUGUGGUCAAAUAUCUGUUGAGAUUUGGGUUCGAGAUUGAUGAACCCAACGUUUUUGGGAACACAGCGCUCCACAUGGCCUGUCACACAGGGCAAGACACUGUGGCCACUGAACUGGUGAACUGUGGCGCCAACAUCAACCAGGCCAACUACCACGGCAACACACCACUACACCUGGCAGCCGCCUCCUCCAGCGGGGCGUUGUCUCUUGAGCUCCUAGUCAACAAUGGUGUUGAUGUCAACAUACAGAAUAAAAAAGGCAUUAGCCCUUUACAUAUGGCUGCAAUGCACGGACGCUUCACUGGCUCCCAGAUUCUCAUCCAGAAUGGUGACGUACAUUCCAAAAUCAUGUUGCAUAUUGUGAAAAAUUUCCACAAUAUACCCCAACUCAAAAGACACUUCACCAGGCAUUACUUUUCCCCACUUUGCGCAGGGGGGGAGAUCGAUUGUGUCGACAUAAAUGGAAACACUCCUCUUCAUGUUGCUGCCAGAUAUGGCCAGGAGUUAUUGAUCAGUACUCUGCUGACAAACGGUGCUGACAAAGGCAGACAGGGGGUUGAUGGGAUGCUUCCGCUCCAUUUGGCGGCGCUCUUCGGCUUUCCAGACUGUUGUCGCAAGUUACUGUCAAAUGGUCAGUUUUACAACAUGGUGCCAACAGGUGACCAAAUGCAAGCUGUGGGGUUUGAUAUAAAUAUGAUAGAUGAUCGUGGAAGGACAUGCCUGCAUGCAGCUGCAUCUGGAGGGAAUGUGGAGUGCGUCAAUUUGCUAUUAAGUAGCAGUGCUGAACUGGAUAUAAAAGACAAUUUGGGAAGAUCUCCUCUGCACUAUGCCACAGCAAAUGGGAACAGCCAAUGCACAAUCGCCCUGGUGAGAGGCGGCGCAGACAUCAAUGAGUUGGAUCUGACAGGCUGCAGCCCCCUGCACUACGCUGCUGCUUCACACACCUUCUGUGGAGGGGGCACAAACUCUGACUUCAUUGUGGAAAAGCAACAUGAAGCCUCUCUGUGUUUAGACUACUUGCUUGACAAUGGGGCAAACCCAACUCUGAAGAACAGUAAGGGGUAUAGUGCCGUCCACUAUGCAGCAGCUUAUGGGAACAAACAGCAUCUAGAACUGCUCUUGGAAAUUUCUUUCAACUGUCUUGAGGAGGCUGAAAGUAAUAUUCCAGUCAGUCCUCUGCACUUAGCUGCAUAUUUUGGUCACUGUGAAGCUCUGCAUUUGCUCUGCGAGACAUUAGUGAGCCUGGACGUGAGGGAUAUUGAAGGCCAAACUGCCCUCCACCUCGCUGCUCGGAAAGGCUUCUCCUCGUGUGUGGAAGUACUGUUGAAACAUCAAGCCUCCUACACAUUGAAGGAGCACAAGCACAAGUGGACGGCUCUCCACGCUGCAGCUGCUGAGGGCCAAGUGGACUGCGUCCUCCUUUUGGUUAACAUGGAACAAAGUGCUGAGAUCAUUGACAGUCCAGACACACAGGGACAGACAGCUCUCAUGCUGGCAGCUCUCGGAUGCCACACUGACUGCGUCCACAUCCUGUUGGAGAAAAAUGCAAAGCCCGAUGCUGCAGACAGACAGGGUUUUACUGCAUUACACAGAGCUGCCAUGUUGGGCAGUGAGGAGUGCGUAUCAGCUCUGCUGGAACACGGGGCUUCUGCUCUGUGCAGAGACUCUCAGGGAAGGACCCCGCUGCACAUCGCAGCGUCCUGUGGUCACACGGAGCUGCUCCGCACUUUGCUAAAGACAGCAAAGAAAGCUGACCCUCUGGACUCCAUGUUGGAUUACAAAGGCUACACGCCCACCCACUGGGCUGCCUACCAUGGUCAUGAAGGAUGUUUACACAUUUUACUUGAAAACAAACUUUUUAGCAUCCAGGAAGGAAGUCUCUUCACCCCAUUGCACUGUGCUCUAGUUAAUGGACAUGAUGCUGCAGCUGAACUUCUAGUGAAGACUUUUGGCCCUCAGAUUGUCAGUGUUAGUGAUGACAAAGGAAGGACCCCACUGCACGCAGCUGCAUAUUCAGGAAACAUUGCUGGGCUCCAGCUGGUUCUGGCCCAGGGAGCACAGGUUAAUGCUGUGGACCACCGUGGAUGCUCUGCUCUGAUGAUUGCUGCUGCCUGUGGACAGACCAGGGCUGUUGAGUUCUUACUGCACAAGGUGAUGCCAGACCUGACCCUGGUGGAUGUCAAUAAUAACACAGCCCUUCACUUAGCCUGCAGCAAGGGUCAUGAGAUGUGUGCCUUGUUGAUUCUGGGAGAGAUCACUGACUCCUCACUCAUAAAUGCAAGAAACAACGCUCUCCAAAUGCCCCUUCACAUCGCAGCAAGGAAAGGCCUGGCGACUGUGGUGCAGGUGUUACUGAGCAGAGGAGCAGCAGUCAUGGCUGUAGAUGAGGAAGGCCACACACCAGCUCUGGCCUGUGCCCCGAACAAAAACGUAGCAGACUGCCUGGCCCUCAUCCUUUCCACCAUGAAGCCUUUCCCUCCCAGAGAGGCUGGCCCCAGCGCAGCCUCCCACUUCAGCCCCAUCCUGAAGAACUGCACUAUCGCUGCCUCCUGCGGGUCCAGUGGAAACCUGUGCCAUGCCUAAGCGCAGGACCCUAAAUUUCACACUGUCAGUCAGUAUUAGCCUAUAAGCCACUUUUAAACGAAAUGCAGUUUCAGUUUCCCAGCGUAACCCAAAGUCACCACGAACACCUGUGGCUAUGCAUAAGCUUUUUCCUCUCUCGUGUCAUGGCAUUUAUUAAACAAGUAUCAUGAUUUAUGCAUAUGCUCAUUCACCAGUAGCAUAAAAACUAGUCUUACUCUAAUAAUAGCUUUUAUAUUAUUCUCUCUGUUAAAUGUAGUUAUUUUAAUGACGUACUAACCUUUAGAUAUGAGUGGAAGGUUUAAAAUAAGCACACUACACAAGCCUCCCCUCCUGAACCUCAUCCAUGGUCAGUAUUUACUUCUAUUUAAGCAACAUAAUCUGAAAGCUUCAUGUUUGUCCUCAGCUGAUACGAGUGCGCGAAUGCUCAGGUGUUUGGUGUGUGUUUGAUUUACUUUGCAUAUUAGUAGAUGCUGCUUCUAAAUAUUAAUGUUUUAAUAUAUCUAAUAGGUUCUGUAAACAUUUUAUGCAAUUAAUAGCACUAUUUUCAUAUCCUACCCAGGGUGUAGCAAACACGCCCAUUAUUCUAGUAUUAUCAUGAUUAAAACUUCAGUUAGCUUAACAGUCAUAAGCAUGUCUGUAGUUUUAAUGAGAGUUUAUCAAGUCUAGUGUAUAUAGAGCUCUUAAAAUGAAGUUAACCUUGAAAAUCCCAAAUGAUUGGAUUAACCUCAGGUCAGUGUGUACUGUACUCCUGGUGCAAUAACAAGCACUGUUUAGACUGAUGUUACAUACUACUAUAAACUAUGAGAGAAGUAUUUCAGUUCAAUAAGCCAGUCAGGAAAAUGUCAGCUAAAUAGGUAUCAUGUUAGUUGCUGUGAACACUUUGAACACAUAAGGGGGAAAAAAUAAUCUUACAAGGCUUUAAAUGUCUAGUGUUUCUAAAUAAGUGGUGGAUUAAUUAAGUUAAUUUCAAAUUCCAGGAGCCUGCAACAUAAUUUUUUUUUCUUAUAAAUGGUUAAAGACCCAAAGAUGACACACAAACACGCACAUUUGAGAAGUAGGAACUAACAAAUGCUCUGCUUUUUUCUUUGUUUUAAUGACACACUUGGUUCUCAAAAUUCAUGUGAAGCUUUAUUUAAUCAAUGAAUUGUUUCAGGUUUAGUUAGAAAUGUUUUAGAAACAAUCUGUAAGGCACGGAUAAUUAGGUAAAUUAUAGGGGUUUUAUUUUUGAUUUUUCUAUUCAAGGUUGCAGUGGGAAAGUACCCAAAGUGACUGUACAUUAAGUAGGUCUGUUCCUGUUAAAAAAAAAAAAAAAAUGCAAUUUUCUGAU